UUGCUUCCCAUGUUGUCUUGUCACUCUUGGGCCAAAUAUCGCUGACCAUUUGCCAGUCGAUAGACGUUCUCACGUAGCGGUAGCAGUUGAGCUCAGCUCGCCCCACCAUGGCCGUCCCCUGUCCCGCUGGCACCCUGCAGCCGGCCGAAUUUUUGUUUGCUUGAGCUCCCCCAGACCCCUCCGUCUGUCUCCCUGCUGGCAAUUCCGACUGAGCGAAGUCUCGACACGUCCAUCCCAACUUCAGAGUCCCAGCGUGUUGCCUGUCUCUGGGCCAGCCUGUGAUUCCAACACGUCAAGAUGUCUCUGAAUAUCCCCAACGCGCCAAAUGCCAACCUCUUCAAGCAGGGUUACAACAACUACGACUCUGAGGAUGGCGCCGUUCUCAGGAACAUCGACGCCUGCCGCGCCAUAGCUUCCACCGUCCAGACCUCCCUGGGCCCCUACGGUCGCAACAAGAUCGUCAUCAACCACCUGCAGAAGAUGAUCCUCACCUCCGACGCCGCCACCAUCCUCCGCGAACUCGAUGUUGUCCACCCCGCCGCCAAGCUGCUGGUCAUGGCCAGCCAGCAGCAGGACGCCGAGAUGGGCGAUGCCACCAACCUGGUCAUCGUGCUGGCCGGCGAGCUGCUCAAGAAGGCCGAGGACCUCCUCCGCAUGGGCCUCAAGACCUCCGACAUCGUCACCGGCUACGAGAAGGCCCAGAAGUUCGCCCUCGAGGCCCUCGAGGAGCUCGAGGUCGACAAGGCCGCCGACAUCACGUCGCAGGAGGAGCUCAGCAAGGCGGUCCGGACCGUCAUCGCCAGCAAGCAGAACGGCAGCGAGGACUUCCUGGCAGACCUCGUCGCCGAGGCCGUCCUGGCCGUGCUCCCCAAGAACCCCGCCCACUUCAGCGUCGACAACGUCCGUGUGGUAAAGAUCAUGGGCGGCAGCCUGGAGCAGAGCCGCGUCGUCAAGGGCAUGGUCUUCCCCAAGGAGCCCAACGGGUCCGUCAAGAAGGCAACAAAGGCAAAGGUCGCCGUCUACUCGUGCGCCAUCGACAUCAGCCAGACCGAGACCAAGGGCACCGUCCUGCUGCACAACGCCAAGGAGAUGCUCGACUUCACCAAGGGCGAGGAGGACCAGCUCGAGGCGGCCGUCAAGGAGAUCCACGACGUCGGCAUCCGCGUCAUCAUCGCCGGCUCCACCGUCGGAGAGCUGGCCAUGCACUACCUGAACCGCUACGGCAUCCUGGUCAUCAAGAUCCUGAGCAAGUUCGACCUCCGGAGAAUAUGCAGAGUCGUCGGUGCGACGCCGCUGGCAAGACUGGGCGCACCCAUGCCGGAUGAGAUGGGCUCUAUCGACGUGGUGGAGACCCUCGAGAUUGGCGGCGACCGUGUCACGGUGUUCAGACAGGAGGACGAGGUCACGAGGACAGCAACCCUGGUGCUCCGCGGGGCCACCCAGAACCACCUCGACGACAUCGAGCGUGCCGUGGACGACGGCGUGAACGUGGUCAAGGCCAUCACCAAGGACGCGAGACUCGUGCCAGGAGCCGGCGCAGCAGAGGUCCAGCUCGUCGAGAGGUUACAGGCAUACGGUGAGAAGACGCCGGGCCUGGCGCAGUACGCCAUCAAGAAGUACGGUGAGGCUUUUGAGGUCGUCCCAAGGAGCAUCGCGGAGAGCGCCGGCCUGGACGCCACAGAGGUGUUGAGCAGGCUAUACGCCGCACACAGCCGCAAGGACGAGUGGACUACUGGUGUCGACAUCGAGAACGAGGAGGACACUGGAAUCCUGGACGCUCAGGAUGCCGGCAUCCUGGACCUGAUGGUCACCAAGAGCUGGGCGAUCAAGCUCGCAACAGAGGCCGCCAGGACCGUCCUCUCAGUGGACCAGAUCAUCGUGGCGAGGCAAGCCGGUGGCCCCAAGCCCCCAGGACCCAAUCCAAACUGGGACGAGGACUAGGUGUAGAGAACAUGAGAUUCGGCGGCGGCACCAACGACUGUAUAUCCACCAAGGCAUAGACCCGGGGGGAUGGGGCUUAAUGCGGAAAAUGAUAUCCAACCGCGUUACCGAGGCAUGCGUCGCGUGUUGUGCUUUGAUGAUGAUAGUGGAUGUGUCCAUAGAAAAUAGACUCUCACAACACGAUGCAUGCGCCAACCAAUUGCCCACUGGGACGUCGUUAUCGUUUUGCAGACUGAUUACACGGUUGCUUCGCACUCUGCACGAGCUAUCGGCUUUGAGCGGCUCAACGUCGUUCGUCUCCCCCCGGGGCGUGAGAAUGAUCCUUCCAACCUCUAGUGUCCAUUCCCGCAAUAUCGUAACAGCUAUUCCUUCAUCGCCGUACCACACAUCAGUCCCACAGUUGAGCCAGAAUGAAAUGAGCAGCACACCAAAAGUCCCUUCCCGAAGGAGCUCAAUCUAUCACAUGUUGAAAAACCAACAUGGAAGAAAAUUCAGGAAGACCAAUCAAAAAUCCCAAAGGAAGGAUGGAACCAAGGUCAGAACACAAUAUUUUUGGAACUAUUGUGCGCUUCUCCUUCCUACCCGCCAAGCAGGCAGACAGGGCAAGGCAUGCAAGGGGGCGCGGGCACCUUUUGCCCACGAUGCAAGAUGGAUCCUUCUCGGUGGGGAGGAAUGCACAUAUAUGCAGCAUAGUGUAACCUUCCUCUCCCACUUUUGGCCCCCAGGAGGAUCCCGUGUCCGUCGCGCAGCAUAUGCGCCGCAUGAAAAAGGAAGCAGUCCAUUGGCUCCUUUGCCCAUGUUCUCGCCCUCGCUGGGCCCGGAUGGAAUUAUCUCGCCCCAGCAGGACACUAUUGACUGAUUGAUUGCUACCCUCGCGGCUGCGAGAAUCCUGCUGCCACCUGACGGUCGCGAGAUACCUAGCCAGGCACCCAAUGCAAGGCAUGGAACGAUGGCAUGGCAGGGCAAGGCAACAACCGCUCGAGGGAGCCAGCCCGCGUAUCAAGCACUGCGCCUUCCCGUCCAUCCUGUCUCGCCGGCGUGACGAUAGAGGAUCCGAAAAGGCGCACGGCAACGGCAAGCCUCGCCCCCGAGACAGGUUACACCAACCAGCCUGUGUUGAGUCUCGAACAGUUGUAAGCCUCCCGCGCCGCAAGAGUGGGUGGGAGGCUCUGAAAACAGACACCGAGGGGCAUGUUGCGGAUGUUGUGGUUCCCGAGCCCGGCCCACCUCCCUCCCUCCCACCAAUCCAUCCACCACUAACUGCAAAGAUGGGACACAGAUCAAAGGAAGUAGAGAAAUAAACAAAGGAUCCCAUUAUCGAUCUGACCUCAUCCCGCCUCCCCCGCUUGGGCCUCCCCCGGCCCCGUUGGACGCCAGAUGUUCCUGGCGCUAAUAAGGACCAUGACGGAAUGCGGCGGCGGCGUUGUGCGGCUCAGCGCUCCAAACAUGCGACCUUGCCGCCCGCGACGUCGCGAGGGAGAGAAAGAGAGGCCCAGAAGGAUUCUGCCUCACCUUCAACACUACCCCUGGC